AUUUUUCGUUACGCUACUCCCCACGUGUCGCGCUGCAUGUCAAGGAUAACAGCAAAUUAGUUGACCAAAGGAUUGUAAUGUUACUUCUAUUGUGAAAAUGGAAACCCAGAUAAUGAAACCAAACAUUACUUGCAGACUACACUGAUGAAAGAUGUUGUAUUAACUGUGAAUCACCCAAAGGAACUUCUGCUGCAAAAACAUGCUGAUUACAUUGCAGCUUAUGUAAUUAACAAAGAUGAAUAUGAAUACUGUAUGACAGAAUACCUGCGGAUGUCAGGUAUUUAUUGGGGUCUCACUGCCAUUGAGCUGAUGGGACAUUUGGAGAGAAUGAACAAACAGGAGAUUCUGGAUUUCAUAAAACAAUGCCAGGAUGACUCUGGAGGUGUAAGUGCCAGCAUUGGCCAUGACCCUCAUCUGCUGUAUACCCUCAGUGCAGUACAGAUCCUGAUCAUGUAUGAUGCGUUGGAUGUGAUAAAUGUAGACCGUAUUGUGCAGUAUGUCAAAAGUCUACAGCAGUCAGAUGGAAGUUUCUAUGGUGAUAAAUGGGGCGACGUGGACACGCGUUUCUCAUUCUGUGCUAUUGCAUGUCUUUCAUUGCUGGGAAAAUUAGAAGCAAUAGAUGUUGAAAAGGCUGUGGAAUUUGUCAUCUCAUGCAUGAAUUUCGAUGGUGGUUUUGGAUCACGACCUGGAUCAGAAUCACAUGCUGGUCUCAUCUAUUGCUGCCUUGGGAUGCUUUCUAUUACAGGACACUUGCAUUAUGUAGAUGCUGAUCUAUUAGGAUGGUGGUUAUGCGAGCGACAGUUACCUUCAGGUGGCCUGAACGGUAGACCAGAGAAACUUCCCGAUGUGUGUUACUCCUGGUGGGUGCUUGCCUCCUUGUGUAUACUAGGGCGCUCACACUGGAUUCAUCGUGAAGCUCUAGUUACUUUUGUGUUAGCAUGCCAAGACCCUGAAACAGGUGGCUUCAGUGACCGUCCAGGUGACCUACCUGAUCCUUUUCAUACACUUUUUGGAUUAGCCGCCUUGUCUUUACUAGGAGACCCCACUGUUAAACCUGUCAAUCCUACAUACUGCAUGCCUCAACAUGUUAUUGACAGACUUGGUCUUAGGCCUCAGAAACUGUCUCUUUGAACUGAUCCAUUAAAUUCUGUAAUUGACAUGUUGGAUAAAUUUGUUUCCCUUAGUAGCUACACGUUGGACGAUCGCAGGUUUGAUUCCUAAUGAGGUCAGUGGGUUUUUUCAAUUGACCUAAUCCUUACAGCUGCACUAUGGCCCUGGGG